AUGUCGGAUGAUGGUAAGCUGAAAAAAUAUGGGAAACUUCAGGAAAAAACAUAAUUUGCCAAAUUUUGAUAUCUAUCUGAUUUUUAGAGAAAAACCUCAAAGGAAUAGAGAUUUCAAAGAUUUUGAAACAGCAAACAAAGCGGACCAGGCUCAACUUUUUUGAGAAAGAGUCUGAAGGACCACUUUAAAAAUAUUUCUACUCACUAAAAAGAUGGUCAAUUUUUGAUAAACCUGAACAUUCAGACAUAGAUAAUCAAAAUUAGGUCCGCUAAAAAUGUUUCUUUGUUUUGUACAUAUGAAUUGGCCCAGAGCUAGAACAUUUUUAUUUGUAAAUAAACAAUUUGUAAUAAAAAUGUCCCUUUCCUCAAAUAAAUUCAAAAAAUUCUUUAAAAUUUGAAUUAUUUUCAGUUACUCCUUAUGGUGCAUUUGCCUCACUUUAUAUUUAUAUAAUGGUUGGAAUAGCAUCGAUUGGAAGUGUUGGAGCUGUUUGUUUAUUGGUCAUUUUUAUUCCAACCGUUAGUUUUUUAAAUGUUUCAAGUUCAUCUUACAGUACACCUUGAUACAAAAAUUUCCUUCAUAAAUGAAUUUUCCAGCUUAUCGAGAAAAUGAUUCGUACAGCAGCGGCUUUACAAUCAACUGCUAAAAUUGUAGAAUCUACGGUAAUUUUUACAAAUCUUAUGCCAACAAUCUAUUUCCAAUUCUCCAGCGUCUUUCUGCUGCACAUUAUACUGCGAUGGCUAAUUUGAAAAAUUCGAACAAAGAAAAUGAAAUCUAUAAAGCUUAUGAUAGUUUGAUAAAAAAUAACAAAACUGAAGUUGGACGUGUUUUUGGAAUGGAUAAAUUGACAAAUCAGUUCAUUAAAAUGUAAGUUUCUAUGAAAAAAACAAUUUUUUAAAACUAACAUAUUUCCAGUUAUGAAUCCGACGCCGUUUGCAGAAGAAAAUAA